AUGGAUACAAACGAUGCAUUACUUCUGGAUGAUGAUAUUUUUUUUCUUGAUGACAAUAACGAAGCUGCGUCUGAUGAAGAAGGCGUAUAUUUUAUUGACGAAACUGAUGAUGACAAUGACGAAGCUGCAUCUGAUGAAGAAGAUGUGUAUUUUCUUGACGAAACCGCAGAAAAAUGUAAUGAUACAGAAAUUUGUUGUGAGAAAAGCUGUUCAAACCGGUUGUCCAGAUGUGAUAUUCAAAAUGCCAAAUUGGACUAUCCAGAAAACACAACUCAACAAAAUAAUUGGAUAGUACAUUAUCUAUCAAAAUUCUCACAGAAAAAAUUGAUAACGAGAAAUAAAAUUAUAUCAGAGGAAAUUGAAACAAAUUUUUAUGUCGCUGGAAAAUGUAUCUGUGAGAUGACGUGGAGAAACAUAUAUGGAAUAUCAAAGUACAGAUUUGAUAAAGCAAAAGAAAGAUUUAUGACGGGUCAAACGAUCCAUAUUCAUGGAAAUGCAGACAGAUUCAAAUUACAUAAGAAUUCAACAGAAUGCGUUGGGUGGUUACUCAACUAUCUUCAUCUCAUUGGAGAACAUUUGCCAAAUGAAGACAAGAUAGAAUUGCCCGCAGGCAUGACCAAGAAAGAUAUAUUCCAAAAGAUGGACCAAGAAAUUGAAUCGUCAGUGCCAGUUAAAACCAAAUACAGAUUAUGGCAAAGAUUUUGCAGUAAUGUGAAAACAACUAAGGGUUCAUCUUUCAGCAAAUGUCAUUACUGCAUAUCUCUUUUGAAAAAUAUCGAGACUUCAAAGUUAGAGAAAAAUACAACAAAGAUGAAAUUGAUACAAGAAGAAAGAAUUGAACAUUGGAAUGACAUAAGAGAUGAGAGGUUAGACUACUACCAAAGACGUGAUGCAUCAAGACAAGACCCGAAUGAUUCCAUGUGCAUAAUUUUUGAUGCUAUGGAUCAAUGCAAGACAUCUGUGCCAAUUUUGCGCAGGAGAGUUUCAAAGGAAAUUCAAAAUAGAUCUGUGCCUCCGAUCAAAACUUAUUUAACAGGUGCAUUAGUUCAUAGACAAGGUGUCAACGCAUAUAAAAAGAUUGGAUAUUGCUUCUUUGAUUUCACUCAGUAUACCCACGAUGUUAAUCUCAAUAUAAGUGUGCUGCUUGAAAUAUUGAAAGACUUCAAGCAGUCCCAUGGUAAAGUGUUGCAUUUACAAAUGGACAGUGCAUCAAACAAUAAAAAUUGCCAUAUGAUCGCAUUUGGAGGCGUAUUAGUUCAUAGAAAGAUUUUCAAAGAGGUUUACUUACACAUGUUACCAGUUGGUCACACGCACGAGGAUGUUGACGCCAUGUUUCACAGCAUUGCAGAAGUUUUAAAAGUUGAUGUUAUCACCUUCAAAGAUCUUAUUCAGCAGAUUAAGAAGGUAGGGUUCAUAAAAACCGCUGCAAGCAUACAGACCGUAUGGGAUGUGAAAUCUUGGUUGGAGCCAACAAUGGCGGGUUGCCAUAAUUUUAAUGACUGCUUUCACAUACAAAUUCAUUAUAAUAAAGACGGGAAGAUAGUCUGGAAUUAUAAGAAAUGGGCAAAAAGUCAGAAAUGGUUGCCUGACAGCAACGACAGAACGUCAUAUUUGAAUGACCAAGACAAGGAUGGCAUUGUCAUAUUCAAGAAUUUGCCACCAGAGGAUAAUCCAUUGAUAAAAGAGCCAUGUUGGUCGGAAGACCUAAAAAAACAAUUGCAGAACGUGAAAAACAAGCUUCUUGCAAGUGGUCUCUUGUAUGAAGAGGAGCAGGACUGGUGGGAAAAUGUAACAACUGAAAACCUCCAAGAACCAGUUUUGGAGGUACCAGAAUGCCCAAAACAGUUUUUAAUACCAUACGAUGGUAUUAGAGAGGAAUCAGCGGUUCCAGAAGAACUGACCCAUUUAAAACAACGUCAAAAAAGAGUAAACGUUGUUUAUUCAGGAAAGUACGUACCACCAUGUAAAAGGCUAAAGUUGGAACAAUCCGAGUCGGUUAAUUGUCACGAUGCACAAAUGCAAAGUGUCAACGAAAUAGAUGGCAGAUUUCCAGUGGUAACAAAGAGUGGGAGAAAAGCAACAAAAUUUGUAUCUUUACAUGACUAGUAUGACUAGGAAAAGUGAUGAAAUCAUACUUAAAGAAACAAUGAUACAUACUGUACAAAUAUU